UUUUAGGUGUACCUUAUGAGGGCGUCAAUUCUUUUCCAUAUAUCGAAUCCACUCUGGCCAAGCCGGUAAGACACUUGCCUAGAAAUUCCCAGGACCAGGUUCAAAUUCUCUUAGUGGAGUAUGUAGAAAACAACAAAAAAGCUGACAAUGACUGGUUUCGCUUACAAUCUAACGAACAAGGAACGAAAUGGUUUGGGAAGUGUUGGUACAUUCACAAUCUUCUGAAAUAUGAAUUCGAAAUAGAAUUUGAUAUACCAGUAACAUAUCCAACUACUGCUCCUGAAAUAGCAUUACCAGAACUUGAUGGAAAAACUGCCAAGAUGUACAGAGGAGGAAAAAUCUGUUUGACAGACCACUUCAAACCUUUAUGGGCAAGAAAUGUACCUAAAUUUGGCAUCGGUCAUGCAAUAGCCUUAGGGCUUGGACCAUGGAUUGCAGUAGAAAUUCCAGAACUUGUUGAAAGAGGAAUCGUAAAAUACAAAGAGGAUGCUGAGCACAAAUAGUGUUUGUAUUGUGGUUAUAAAAGAGAAUUUUUUUCAUAAUUUUGUCCAAAAUAUACAGAAUCUUUU